AUGAAAUUAUACGAAAAUAAAAUUGUUAUUCCUCUGUACUUAUACUACGAUGACUUUGAGGUUUGUAAUCCACUGUCUACAGCUGCAGGGAUUUAUAAAAUUGGAGGACUGUACUUCUCGAUUGCCGCUUUACCACCUGAAUUUUCAUCUUCUGUUGAUAGCAUUUUUUUAGCUCAAUUAUUGUAUACUUCGGAUUUAAAAACAUUUGGAAAUGAGAAAUGCUUCUCUAAUGUUAUUGAACAAUUGACUGAUCUUGCAAACACAGGGGUUUCUAUUAUUAUUGACGGUGACACGAAGCAUUUAUUUUUUGUGACUGUGGGAAUAUUAGGUGAUAAUUUAGGCGUUAAUAGUAUUUUUGGUUACAAUGAAAGUUUUGUAGCGACAUAUUUUUGUAGAUUUUGUCAAGCAUCAAAAGCAGAAUGUUAUCAACAAUGUAAAGAAGAUGUAAAAUUAUUACGUAACUGUGAAAACUAUGCAGAAGAUGUUAAAAAUUUAUCUCACGGAGUUAAAGAAUCUUGUGUUUUUGACAAACUACCAUUUUUCCAUCAUGUUAUUAAUGCUACGUGUGAUGUUAUGCAUGAUUUCUCACUAGGCGUAUGUAGGUACGAUAUGGCAAAAAUUAUUAAACAUUGUAUAGAUGAGAAAUACUUUACCUUACAACAAUUAAAUGACCGAAUAAAAUACUUUGAUCAUUCUGAAUUUGAUCACGGCAAUAAAGUAUCAACUAUAUCAAAAAACCACAUUCAAAAUGGUUGUAUAAUAAUUACAGCGGCUGAAAUGUCUUGCUUAGUAACAUAUUUUGGAAUUAUUAUUGGCGAUUUAGUUCCCUUUGAUGAUCCAGUAUGGGAAUUAUACUUGUGUUUGUUUGAUAUUUAUGAUAUUGUUAUGAGUUCAACAAUUUCCCAAAGUGAAAUAAUUCAUUUGGAGCAACUUAUAAAAUUGCACAAUCAAUUAUACAUUGAAUCUUUUUCAGAAAAUCUAAAGCCUAAGCAUCAUUUAAUAUUACAUGUCCCGUCUAUAAUAAAAAAUAUGGGACCGGCAAAUGAAUUUUCAUGUUCAAAAUAUGAAUCCUUCCAUAAGCUUUCAAAAGCACAGGCUAACAUUGUGAAUUCGCGUGUUAAUAUUAUUUAUACUGUAGCACUUAAAAUCCAACUGCAUCUUUGUUAUAAAUUUAUCAGUGAAAGUGGUUUAGAAGAUCGCAUUGAAUUAUGA